AUGUUGACUAAACUGGGUUUUGAUUCCAAAUGGAUUGCCAUUGUUAUGAGUUGUGUCCAAUCUGUCUCUUAUGCUAUUCUUGUCAAUGAGGAACAGACCACGGAGAUUACUCCAACUUGUGGUAUCAGGCAGGGUGAUCCUUUAUCACCAUAUCUAUUUAUUCUAUGUGCAGAGGGUUUGUCAGCAUUGUUAUCUCAGGUGAUAGUCUGGUUUUAUCACAGCUUCUUAUUUGGUGAGGCAACUGUGCAAGAAUGCCUUCAUGUGCGGGCAAUCCUUGAUAUUUAUGCAAAAGCUUCUGGACAAAGGGUCAAUUUUCAAAAAAGUAGUGUGGUAUUUAGUAAAAAUGUCCCUAUAGAUUUGCAGAAUGAGUUGGCUACUAUUCUUGAGGUGCAGUGUGUGGAGGAGCAUGAUCGUUAUUUGGGCUUGCCCUUGACAGUAGGUAAAUCAAAAACAGCUAAAUUCUUGUACAUUAAGGAGAAGCUGACCAAAAGGUUGGUGAAUUGGAAGGCUAAACUUCUAAGCAGUGCGGGUAAAGAGAUCCUCAUAAAAGCCAUGGCUCAGACCAUGCCGUUGUAUGCUAUGAAUUGCUACUUGUUACCAAAAGGGUUGUGCGAUGAUAUUCAUCAACUCUGUGCGUCUUUCUUUUGGGGAGACACUGAUGCUAAAAAGAGGAUUCAUUGGUGUAGCUGGGAAAAAUUGUGCCUCACCAAGCAAGAAUGA